AUGAGCGGAGAAGGUCGAUUCGUCAUAUCUGUUCUUUUUAUUCUUUGUUUUACACUGUUAGAAGCCCAGCAACAGCAGCUGGUCAGGCGGGUCCUGAAGCCGGUCAAACAGACUGGUAGGCAAGUAGAUCUACAACAAUGCCAAGUAUCUGAAAGUGUACAAGUAUAUGAGGAUUUGAACUCCUGCAACUCCUUCUAUAAAUGUGAGAAUGGAACUAUUACUCUUCAGGAGUGUGAGAACGGAUUACUGUUUGAUGAGGAGUUGGCCCUGACCGACGCUGUACAUAAUUACUGCGUGUACAACUGGAAAGUGGAUUGUGGUGCAAGACGACGAGAUGAUACUCCGCAAUCUAGCCCAGGUUGUGAGUAUAGGUUCGGAAUAUAUCCGUUCUCCUCAGGGUGCCAGCAAACCUAUAUCCAGUGCUCGUUCGGGGAACCUACUCAGGUUCCCUGUGAGGAUGAGAAUAAGAAUAUUCCCGCUAGAUUAAUGCUGUCGUAUAAUCCGGAAACACGUGGUUGCAGCUGGCCGGAUCAGCUGAUUUCCCAGGGUUGUGAUCCCACCCAGAUAUUCGGGUUCUCUUGUCCCGCUCUUUCAGAUCUUGUUGGUACGAUAAAUGAACAGUUCUCUCCAUUUCCUCGGUUCCCAGUGUCUGAGAAUGAUCAAGUUUACCUGAUCUGUGUUGAAGGAGAACCUAGAUUACAAACCUGUGGAUCCUUGGAUAGGUUUAAUCCGGAUACUCUAGAGUGCACCAGGCCUAGAGCUUUCCUGGGAUAA